AUGCCUGCAGCAAUCUCAAUCCGCAAAGUGGACGGCAAGCCUGGCCAAGUUUACUAUCCUCUAGAGAAGAUCAAUGUCCCCGAAAGCACGCCCAAGGACAAUCAAGUAGUCGUCAAGAUCACCGCCGCAGCAUUGAACCAUCGAGACCACUUCAUUCGCCAGCACUUAUACCCAGGCACAACAUUCGGCGUACCACUACUUGCAGACGGUACUGGCAUCGUGACCUCGACUGGGUCGUCUCCUGAAGCAAAGAAAUGGAUGAACAAGCGCGUCAUCCUCAACCCAGGCACUGGAUGGAAAGAUGACCCCGAAGGUCCUGAAGACCCCAAGGGAUAUGCUAUUCUCGGAGGAACAAAGCUCAAUCCUCUCGGCACCUUGACUGAGAGUUUAGUCAUUGACGCCUCUGAGCUGGAGGAGGCACCCAAGCAUCUCUCGAAUGCUGAAGCUGCGGCACUGCCUCUUACAGGCCUGACUGCGUGGAGAGCGACUGUCACAAAAAGCGGCAACUGCAAACCCGGUCGCAAUGUGCUCAUCACUGGCAUUGGAGGUGGUGUGGCACUCAUGGCAUUGCUGUUUGCAACUGCGGCUGGUGCAAAUGUCUUUGUGACGAGUGGAAGUCAAGAAAAGCUGGACAAGGCAAAGAAGCUAGGUGCAGCAGGAGGCGCCAUAUACAAAGAAGAGGAUUGGGAGAAGAAGUUGUUGGAGCAAUUGCCAAAGGAUAGAAAGUUCCUUGACACUGUCAUUGACGGUGCUGGUGGUGAUAUCGUCGGCAAGACUUUCAAGAUUUUGAAGGUGAGUCCGAAAAUGCCCUUCACGAUGGCCGCCGUCCUCAAGAACAUUGAUCUUCGUGGCUCUACCAUGGGUUCCCGAAAAGAGUUUGCCGAUAUGGUCAGCUUCGUGUCGUCCAAGAACAUCCGACCCGUCGUCUCAAGAACGGUCACGGGCAUUGACAAUCUCGAGGCCAUCAAUGGUUUGUUCGAGGACAUCAAGAACGGAAGUCAGUUUGGCAAGCUUGUGAUAGAGCUCGAGAAAGGUACAGAAGCUAGCAAGCUUUAG